GCUAGAAUGUUCCUAAAAUUAACAGUAUUGAUUAUAUUCUUUGUGGGUAAAGGCUACGAGUUAAAACAAGUGAUCGUGCUAUCGAGACAUAAUAUAAGGGCCCCAUUCCGCUACGACAUUAGUACGGAUUUGCUCAGCCCAAAACCCUGGCCUACAUGGAAUAUGGAACCAGGAGCUUUAACUCCAAAGGGGCGUCUCCUCGAACAUCACAUGGGCAAAUACUUUUCUGAUUGGAUGAUUAAGGAAAAGUUACUCUACAAUAACUGUCCGGGAGACGAAGUAUUUGUAUACGCAAAUACUAGAUCAAGGACAAAAGAAACUGCAAAAGCCUUCGCUGAGGGAGCUUUUGGAGACUGUGUGAGGGUUCUCUUUAAAAACAUUACAGACCAUGAUCCUAUCUUUAAAUUUAAAGUCAGAAACGAUUCGGCGGAAUUCAAAACAGCCGUUCUAAAUGAAGCUAAGAAGAAUUUGAACAGUACGGACUUGAGAAAUGCAUUUCUGGAAUUGAACAGAAUAGUGGAUUUUGAACAUUCGUCGUAUUGCAGAACCGAGAAGGUUUGCGAUUUGAGUGAAGCGAAAACGGAAAUUGUGUUUGAUAGUAAUAUGGAUAUACCGAGGGUUUCAGGUGGUGUAAACAUUGGUUGGAGCCUUGUAGAUUCGUUUUUGAUGGCAUAUUACGAUGGUAUGGCGCUUGAAAAUGUGGCGUGGGGUCAAAUACAAACAAAGACGCAAUGGGAAACUAUAAUGGCUAUACUAAGAGCUUAUCUGGAAUUGCGAUUCGAAACUAAGAUUUUGGAUAGAGAUAUAGCUCUGCCCCUGCUUAAAUAUUUAUCUGAUAUUUUUCAGAACGGUAAAAGGAAGUUUUAUCUACUCGUCGCUCAAGACGCCAACUUCAGUGUGUUAACCACUUCUUUAGGUUUCAAACGCUACGUUCUAGAUGAUCAACUUGAAAGAACGCCUAUAGGCGGCAAGGUUGUGUUUCAAAAGUGGUACAACGAGGAAAAGGAUCAAGAUUUGCUGAGAGUGAACUACGUGUAUCAGUCCACUGAACAAAUAAGAGAUGGCGUUGAAGUAAGUUUACAAAAUCCGCCGCAGUGGCAGCUCCUUGAAAUGGAAAAAUGUGCUGUCGAUGAAAAUGGCUUCUGCCCUUGGAAUGAUUUUAUAAACAUUAUAAAUACUGUAUAA